CCCCUUCCCCCUGGUUUUGUGAGAUGUCUGUGGUGGAAUCUCGCUAUCAGGUGGGGCGCCCUACAGUCCUGCUAUGAACCCACGAUGCCUCCGACAGGGCAUAACCAUUCCAUAAAGCAAGGUAUUGUAACUGUCCCUUGUGCCACCUGGUAUCUAGUAUAUCUUGCACUACAUAGUGCUGUUCCCCAUCUACAGUAACCGUAGUGGGUCUCCUCUGAUAUCAGAUGCCUGAACUGAUUGGAGCAGGCUGCAGUUUAAGACUGGAUGUGUUUUCCCCAGUAGAGGGGGGGAGUCUUAGCUGCAUUGUGACUGGGUUAAUAACUCGCAAGAUUGGGAAAGGCCCAAUGAAUUUGGGCCCAAGUUUCUUACAUGGCAACAGCAGCCCGAGAUAUUUAGUGGAGAGAUAUACCCUCUGGCCUACGUGGAAAAGUCCUUGUGCCCUCCGCCUUUGGGACAUCUUACUAUGGAUACUUUUUACUAGGCAUUGCAUAAGAUACACACAGGUUUCCCUAACAACACAGAAAACUAAAAGGACUACUAAAAAUGUACUACUACUUACCAGUUGUUAUUUAUGCUCUAUUAUUGGUGCAUGUAGCCAUUAAAAGUUUGCAAGUCUUAUUUUAAUCUUUAUUAUGCCCUUAGAGCCAGAAAACAUCAAAUAUGCAUAGCUUGCAAGUUAAAACUAAUAUUGCGGCAACAGAUAUGAGGGGGAAGAAUGUAUUUGGUAGUAAAGAAAAUUGCACCAUAUUAUGGCAUGUUUGUUCUGAGUUAAGAUGUCAUGUGCACCUAACCAUUUUGUUAUACAAUUAACAAUUCUGACUGUGAAUUGUUACAUGUGAAUCCAUUCAAUAGUGGCUUAUUCAAGAAACUCUUGUAAACAAUACAUGAUUUGUUGUAACCCCAACAUAUUUGAAGACAGGUCAUAUGAAAUGAGUCCCAUUUGCACAUAAGAGGUUGAUGCUCUAUUCAUAUGAAUAAUUAAUAAAAGGUUUUUGUAUGUUCACAGUUUCAAAUAUUAAAACCAAGUCUUAAUAACUCAUGGAAACUCAGCUUCUUGCAUCAGAAAGGUAAAAAUUGCUUCUGAUAAUGCUAUAAUUCAAUAACCAGGUAAAGCCUACAGUGUUAUAUUUAUGCAGCCAGAAUGGGUCUCAUUGCUGUGUAAAAGUAACAAAAUAGCUUUCCCUAUUAUUAUGUAAUAUGAGAAACAGAAUACUUUCUAUACAGGUAACUUCAUUCUGAUGUACACUGUUUCAUCUAUGAAUACCUUUCUCUUAAAAAGGCAGAAAAUAUAAACACACUGAAUUAGAUAUUUAGAAUAGGUCUGUGUGGGUGGAUGUGGGUGUGGUAUGGGAUGGGCUAUGGGUACCUUUGCAUGAUCUUGGUGUCCUAUCCCACCUGAUCAGACUCAUCAUAUCACUGUUCACUGAUCAGGAGGCAAUAGUGAGAACACUUUAUGGUGAUAGAUUUAUUCAGAAUCAGGGAGUUAGGGAUGUAUUUUAUCACCUUUUCCAAUCUGUAUGCUGAAAUGAUUAUGCGGAAAUUAGAUCUGAAACUAUCUGAUGGAGUGAAGAUUGGGGGAAGAAUCAAAUAACUUACGCAGGUGAUACAACACUAUCGGCUGAAAAUAAGGAAGAUCUGGAAAAAAUGAUCUGGAAAACAAGGAUGAAAGUAAAAAGUAGGAUUGAGUCUUAACAUCAGGAGGAGGAACUGUAUAGAAAACACAAAUAAUGACAACAGCUGCAGAUGAACAUGAGAGAUUUAAAAUCAACAAGGAGGACAUUGAAUUAGUUUGAGAAUUUAUCUUUUUUGGAUCCAAAACUGUUCACAAUGGCACUUCUAGUCCUGAAAGCAAAUGCAGAAUAAUCUUAGACCGUGCUGCAAUGAUUAACAAGAAUAAGAUCUGGAAAAGCAAAUGUAUAUAAUAUAAAUGCAAAUGGCAGGGUAGAUAGAACUGUAAAGGUAUAGGUAUAGGUCUUCCCUAUAACGAUGUAUGAGUGUGAGAGUUGGACACUAAGAAUGGCUUAUCGAAGAAUUCAUGCGUUUGAACUGUAAUGCUGGCAUAAAUUAUUACGUAUACCACCUACAGCCAGAGUAACAGGGAGGUGCUGAAUCACAUAAGAUUAGACAUAACACUAGAAGCUAAAAUCAUAACACUAUGUCUAAUUUACUUUGGCCAUAUCAUGAAUGCAACUUCAUUGGAGAAGGCAAUGAUGCUAGGAAUGGCUAGUGGAACAAGAAGGACAAGCAACCAAGCAUGCUGGCUUGAUAACAUCAAAUCUGACGCAAAGUUGAACAUCCAACAAUUGAAAGAAGCAGGGCUUUGACAGGGUAGCAUGGAAAGCAUUUGCCUAUAAAGUCGCAAAGAGUCGGACACGCCUAUAUAUUUCAACCACCCAACCAACGAGUAUAUGAAAUUUGUUCAAUUUCAAUAACUGCCUAUCCUACCUGCAGCCAACAAUCAAAUCAGUUGAGACCAAGUACAACAUUAUAGGACUAGUCAUUAUUUCUCAGCCCACACUACGUCAUGGGAUUGUUAUUGGGAAAAUAGAAGGAGAAAAUGUAUUGGAAAUGGACAUAAACGUGACAUCAGCUGAGAAAAAAAUAAUGCCUGUCAAUACAACCAAGAAAUACAAAACCAGAUUUUCAAGGUCUAGCAAAAGGCCGGCAGGAUUGGGGGCAUCCUAAUCUCGGCAAGGGAGGAUGUUCCCCGAGGGCAGAGACCACGGACGGCCCCUCAGACACACACACACACAGUCACAGUUAACAUGAAGCAGCUAUUUCGCUUUUUGCCUGACUGUCCUCAUUCAUGACUGCACCGCUAUUUCUGCCGCCUCCGCCGCUGCUAUUCUCACGUUGUCCGUCUACCCUAUUCUUAUCCGGAGACACGCCCUUCGCGUAGGAAUUCACGGAGUAGGGAAACCUAGCGGAGACUGGAAGAAAGUCUCCGCGCUGAUCCUUCGGGGCAGCUGCGAGCGGAGAAGAGCGGCUGCCCGGUCUCCCUUCCUAGCUCCCAGUCAGAGGACGCCGCCGGAAAACAAGGCCCGCUUUGCCCGUCCUUCCUUCAUGCCGCCGCCGCCGCCGCCGCAAGCGGCGGUCGUCUUCGAACGGGAGCUGCCCCGGCGGGACGGCUCCGGGAUCCUCCGGCUGACGCAGCGUUCAGCCGGUGGGACGGGCUCGGUGGUGUGGGACGCCGCGCUGGUGCUGGCCCGCUUCCUGGAGAAGAGCGCGGCGCAAACAGGGCAAGGCACGGAGCAGAGCGGCGGAAGCCCGGUGGGCGUUCUCCGCCACAAGGCCGCGCUCGAAUUGGGCGCCGGCACCGGCCUCGUCGGCCUCGUGGCUGCCAGCCUCGGAGCAAAUGUUACUGUUACUGAUCUGGAGGAAGUUCAGGAUUUAUUAAAAGUGAACAUUGAAAAUAAUGAACAUCUUGUGUCAGGUUCUAUUCAAGCCAAGGUACUGAAAUGGGGGGAGGAUGUAACAGAUUUUCUUCCUGCGCCUGAUUUCAUAUUGAUGGCAGACUGCAUCUACUAUAAAGAGUCACUGGAACCAUUGGUUAAGACCCUGAGGGACUUGGCUGGCUUGGAUACUUUCAUCCUUUGUUGUUACGAAGAAAGGACUGUGGGACAAAACCCAGAAGUAGAGAAAAGAUACUUUGAGCUUCUUCAGAGGGACUUUGAGUUGCAAAAGGUCCCCUUGGGUGAACAUGAUGAAGAAUAUCGGAGUGAAGACAUUCAUAUCUUUAUCAUGCAAAAGAAAAAAUGAAUAUUUCAUCAUGAAAUCCUUGAUGGUGUUUUCUGACCUCUAAUUUACAGAAGAACUCUGAAGAAAAUUGGAAAUUAAAGAAUUUUUAAUAAAUUUUCUGCAGAACAUCUCUGCAGAAACAGCAUAUUGUUUUAAACUAAAGUGAUCUCAGAAAAAAAACAAUUCUCUUGAAAAAGAACUACAGAGGAGAAAGAAAAAAGGAAAGAAAGAGAAAAAGAAGGAAAGAAAAAGAAAGAAGUUAACUUGAGAAUGUCAAAUGAAUGGUUUUCUAUGAAUAUAUGCAUAAUAUCCAAUUCCUCUUGGGCAAAACCUGUUUUAAAAUUAACAUUUUAUUAGAAAAUUUAUAUAUUAAAAUUCUUUCUUCUUUAAAUGGGCAGAAUGAGGCAUCAUAGGACAACAAGUUUUGAACUAAGGUAUCACAAAUGGGCUUAUCAUCCUGCUGGGAAAGGAAGGAAAUUAAUAUGGAGGGAGAAAGAAAGAAGAAGGAACAGAGCAGGGGGAAAACUCAGCACUUUCUUGGCCCAUGCUGUUCCCUGAACCUUCACCAAAAUCAUGUUGUGUUUGUUGAACCCCACACAUCCUCCCUGGCCUGUGCCACCCUACCGCUGUGCCUUUCCUAACCCAUACAGCACCUCUUGCACACCUCCAUUUGCCUUUUCUGACCUGCACCACACUGCCUCUCUGCACCAUUCCCAACCUGCAUGGCACCUCUCAUACUCUCCCAAGCAGUCCCAUGCCCCAUCUGUGAACACUACCACCCCAAUUCUUCUUGAAUCACACCACCUCCCUGUGCACCCUCCCCAACCUGUAUGGCAUCUCUUCCACACAUCCGGAAAUGCUUCACCAACCACACAGCGCCUCUCAUGACUCCCCACUUACCUGUCUGCUAGCCUUGGACUUGCAACUUCCCAUUGACUUUUCGCCCACAAGCUUCCCACAAGUAAAGUAAAUGGGGAAGCUGGCAAAGGAAGACAGAAGCAAGGAAGAAAAUGACGGAAUGAUAAGGAGGGAGGGAGAAGCAUUUCUGAUGCUCUUUACCAGUUUCCCCUCAUGUCAAUUCAAUGGGGAAGACGGCGGGAAAACAGAAGUUGUUCCUGCUCCCAUAAUGUCUUUGCCCAUCCGUGGUCAUUCUGUUUACUAAAGAAAUGUCUGUGAAAGAAUGCCCCAGCAAGUGACAGGUUGUCUAAUUUAAUGAUUUAUUAAACUAUUGUUCUUAUCCUAA